AUGACAGACUGGAGACGGACAGGCAGCUAUGGCCAGCGGUGUGCCUGCUUGUUCGUGCUGGGUCUCAGCUCUCUGGUGCGAUCACAGGACGUCUCCUCUGUCUGCUACCAUGAGGACUACGCGAACGUCCAUCCCCAAGCACCGGAGAUCCGAGAUGGUGAGACAGUAUACCGGGAGAUCCGGUACAACAUGACCCACAGGUGGUUCUACCGGAAUGAGGAUGUAAACGUCAUGAACCGGCCAGAUCAGUACCGUAAGGUGAUCGUCAAUCUGGAACCCUGCCGCGGGGUGGUGUACCUCUUUGUCCGCAAGACACGCAGAUGCUAUCCGGAUCCCUACAGCUGCAUCGACAUCAGACCCGGCUUCGAGAGAAGAGAGGCCGCAUUGUGCGAAUGGACGCACUUUGUGUCUGAGAUUGAUGGAAGCCGGGACGGAUCCCCGACCUUCUUCGAGUUGCCGCUGUCGUCCACGAAGCACUUCAUUUCCGUCUACGCCCCGGAAGAUUCGGCCUACACGCUGACCAUCCUCGCCGACAUCGGCCGCUACCCUCGGCCCGGGUCCAAUGGAAGGAUAACAGCGAGGCAGCUAACCGAGAUGCAGGUGCAGCUCUCCUGGGACGCGGCUGAGUUCAUCCCGGCAGGUGUAGCGCAGGCAAAGCAAUACUGGGUCUACUCCUCCAUGCUUCUCGAGUCGGACAACCGAACCAACAUGGCCGUCUUUCUGCGGCCAGACAAGAUCAUGAACACAGUCUGUGGCCUGCAAAACAACACGGACCGUCAGUACACCAUUGUUCCGGCCGACCAGUGCAGCAAUGGCAAAUGCAAUGUUACGAUCGAUGGGGUCAUCACCGACAAGAGGUAUGUCUUCAACAUCGUAGCCGAAUCGACGGUGGGUGAUCACCGCAUGGCCUAUGCUGGGCUCAUCAUGCGCACCGACUGGGAGGUCAUCCGGCAGGCGGCCUCGGAUCGGACGCUUGCAGUCGUGGGAGCAGUCUCCGGGAGCGUGCUGGGCAUGGUUAUCAUUAUCUACUUCCUCAUGCUCAAGCUGUACGGCUGA